AAAUUGAAAUUUCCUGGCUAAACAUGCGUUUGUGUUUCAAUAAUAAUAAAAUACAAAUUAAAGUACUGAAGAAAACGGGCCGUGUCACACAAGCUGUGAAAUAAGUAUACGACAAUGAACAUAACACAAGAAGAUUCGCUCCAACGCGGGUUGCUAUGCUGCCGUGUUUGUUUAAUGCUGGACUGUAGAUUGUACAAUAUACAUGAGUAUAAACUCGCCGAUACCUUUACUCGUAUCUCCGGGACUUCUGUAACCAGGGACAGGCUGCCGCAGUACCUGUGCGCGUACUGCCUCGUGUUGCUCCUCAAAUGUGCAUCCUUCAGGGACAUGUGUCUCCGCACGCUGAAGCGACUCACACCGGCGCGGUUCAAGCGGGCGCUGGAUACAGAUUAUGUUCGCAAAUACCUAAACCCUCACCGUUCGAUCAACUUAACUAAAACUGAACUCCAGAUUGUAGAUUUAAACCCAUCAGAAGAUUUAUUGCAUAAACAAAUACUGAACAAACACAUAAAAGAAGAAAUUAUUCCGCUCGACACCAUCAACGAAGCUCUUGAAGCACCUGAUGUCAAAGAAUUUAUAAUUGAAAUCAGUAAUGAUGAUUCUGAACAACUUGUUUUAAAAGAUGAAAUUAGUGAGAUAAAAACGGAGACUUCAACCUUAAAAAAUGUCUUGUUCACUGAAAAAGUGAUAAAUAGCAAAAAAAAUAUAAAGACACCAAAAAAGACCAAUAAAGUCUCGAAAACUGUGAAAAACUUAAACAGCAAACAGACUAAUAUUAAAGUUAAGAAAACUGUGAAAACGGAACAGAGCAAUGAAGGUAUGGAUAUUGAUAGAAAUCUAAUGGAAACGGGAAAUGAAAAUGAAAAAAUGAAAAUGAUGCAGACUGCAGUGAAAAAUAAUAAAAUUGAGAAGAAUAAUAAGAUGAGGAGGCCGAGGAAGCGACAGCUGCUUGACACUGAUUUAGCCAAAUUUGGGAGUAGCAUUAACCAUAAAUUUGUAACUUUAAGCAAGGAAGAGCAACUGGAAGAAAUCGCAACUCGUAAGAAGUCCCAGAUAUACUUGGAGGCGCCGUUUAAGUGUGAGGACUGCGGGAAAGCCUACAGCGAUGAGCCCGCCUUCAAGACCCACCGAGUCCGGCACAGCCCGAGCAUGGGUCCGCGCUCCUGCGAUAUCUGCGCUGUGCGUAUGCAGCCGCGUCGCUUCUAUACACACGAGAUCCGGCAUCGAAUGAAGUUCAUUUGCAAUGAGUGCAGCUUCGUGUCUAGGGAUAAGACCCAAGCGCAGAAGCACUACGAAACACACGCCGGCAAGACUUACAAGUGCCCGCACUGCGAGAAGUGGUUCAUAAAGAGCACCUCGUACUUCUCCCACUUGCGCCUGAUGCAUCCCGAGCUGAAUGUGGACUGCGUCGACUGCGGCGAGACCUUCGUCAGCGAGUACGGGCUCAAGCAACACAGGAACAGGAUACAUGAGAGAUCGCAUACAUUUGUGUGCACUAUCUGCUCAGCCAAGUUCAAUAGUGUCUCGGCGCUGGACAGACACACGGACACGGCCGGCGAGCACGGAGCCCUGCGGCCGUGCGAGCAGUGCGGCGAGAACUGUGCGAGCGAGCAGGCGCUACAGGAACAUGUUGGGGUGGCACAUCCCACUGAGUCGCAUCACUGCGAACGGUGUGAGGUAACGUUCAGUAACGCGGCGGCGUUAGACACACACAACGCGCGCAAGCACCUCGGGCAGCGAUACAAGGGCCCGACACGUAAGGAGCACCGCGGCAGAGUCAGGGAGCAGCAGCACCGGCGAGUCAUGUGCGACCAGUGCGGCGUUACUGUGCGGAACUCGUCAAUCCUCGAAUAUCACAAGCGCACGCACCUCGCCGUGAAGCCAUACGCCUGCCCUCAUUGCCCGAAGUCAUUUACAUUGCCAGAUCCUCUAAAGCAACACAUGCGGUCGCACACGGGGGAGAAGCCAUUCCAGUGCUCCGAGUGUCCGCUCGCCUUCGCAGCAAAAUGCAACUUGCACCGACAUUAUAAAGUUGCACACCUGGGUGAACGCGAGUCUUUCCUGUGUCCAUUGUGCGGGCGCACGGCCACCACCAGGUCUUCAUUGAAGGUGCACAUUCGUGCCGUGCACGGCAAAGCCGGCUGGCCCAAGCGCGAUCGCAGCAAACGCGAGAAAAAGAUGCAGCUAGAUGAUGAAUAAAGGUGCACGAUCGUGCGGUGCGACGGCGGCUGGCCCAAGCGGGACCGCAUCAAACGAAAAAGACAUGAUGAUAGAUGAUCAAUGAUUAAAUACUUUUCUUCUUC